CUGUGCUAUGUAGGGGCGUUUGCUUUUCCUGCACAUUUGAAUUAUCCAGCAGAAGUCAAAAGGGCAGAAGAAACACAAAAGAUAAACACAAACAACUAAAUGUAAAAUACAUUUCUGACACGUGAAGUCUUUCACCCCUUUCCCUUGGACCUGGUUGGUACAUGCCGACAUUCGGCUUUGGAUUUGGUUUAAACUGAAGUAACAGGUUUCUUGGACAAGUCCAGGAGUGGUGGGAAUUUCGAAACGAGGUAUCAUUGUCUUAAUAGUACCCAACCCUGCAAAGCUCCAGCUUUAUAAAGUGUGCUGUGUGUGGAGGAGAUACAGCAAAGUAUUGCUGAUUUCGGAGACUACAGUAUGAAGAUGUACGGGAAUAAGGUUGACCUGAUGUUUGCAGGUAUUUUCUUCAUGACAUUUUGUGGUGUGCACUUUGGGCAGCGGGUGGUAGAAACACAGAGAGGCCCUCUUUUCCGCGCACAAGGCUCUCAUGUUACUCUGUCAUGUAAAGUGAGAGGCUAUGAAGGCACUCCAAAACAGAACUUCCAUUGGUCCAUUUAUCGGCCUGCUUCCCCCAGCGUGGAGAUCCAUAUUGUGAGCACAGCAGACCCUCACUUCACAUACGCUCUCUAUCGGCACAGAGUGAGAAUGCAAGACAUUUACAUCGAGAGAACCAGCACAGACUCAGUGCUCUUGCACAUAACCAAACUACAAGUGCACGACCAAGGAGAAUACGAGUGCUACACUCCCAAUACAGAUUCUGUCUACUAUGGAGCCUACAGUGACAAGACAAUCCUCACAGUCAUUCCAGAUACACUUCAGGCCCGAAUCUCAGCUCUAUCAAUUCGGAGAGUUGAGGGAGAGUCCCUCAGUCUGUCCUGUGAUGUGUCCAAGCGAACCUCCCAGCACACGCACCUGUCCAUCUCCUGGUUCCUGCAGACAGGAGGGGAGACCCUGGAGAUCGUCACUCUCACAAGAGAAUUCAUCCUGCAGGCUGGAACGGCUUUUCACCACAGACUUGAAUCAGGGCACCUCCGCCUGGACAGAAGUGGUCUGACAACAUACCUGCUGACCAUCUUCCAGCUGCAACAUUCAGACCAGGGCGAGAUUUACUGUGAGGCAACUGAGUGGAUCCAGGAUCCGGAUGAGUCCUGGUAUCCCCUGCUAAUAAAACGGACAGAAAGCACAAAGGUCACUGUGGAGCAGAGACCGCCAACAGCAGAUGUCCGAGAGUCAGAGUACACCACUGAUUCGUCAGUCCCCGAAAAAACAUUCCAGCCCCUGCAUGCACAUGGUAUUGUUCUUCAAGCUAGCAGUCUUUGUUCAGAUGUUAUAUCUGUAGCAAGUUCUUGGGCCUACUAUAUCUUGGUCAUCCUGUUCUUUGUUAUCUAAUACAAGCAGAAACCUGACGAAGGCAACUGGCAAAAAAAACUAACACUGUGUGCAGCAAUCUCACAUACAUGGAUUUAAAUAAGACAUUCAGUGGAGAGUUUGUUUGUUGUCACAGGAUGUGUCCAAGUAAUGUUUAGGUUUAUAAGAUACUACAUUAAUGUUCAUGGAGUAGUGUAGUUAUUCCACCCUCACGAGUGGAGAAUGGAAUAAACGCAGACCUCUGUGAACUUUCAUGGAGUAUUUUCAUUUUCUAGCAAGUACAAUGUUUAAAAAAGUGUGCCAUAUUUUCAAAGCGUUACUUACAGUCUUAAUUAACUCCUAUUUUUUAAAGGAAAAAAAAAAUCACGAGAAAUAAACACCUUGAGAGUGCUUCAGAGAACUUGAAAUAUAUAACUUUGUUGUUUGGUUCUAGUUUUGUAAGAUUAACAGACAUUUGACCUCUUUCAAAAAAUAGGACUUACUUAAAGACUUGAGACUUUAUGUUUAAAUGUAAAUAAACAGUUGAAUUCAAACUCUGCAUCUGCUUAGCUUGGCAGUGUGUUUUGGAAUAGUGUGAUUCUGUUGUUAAUUUUGAAUGAAUGCAAGGAAGAAUGACAAAUGAGACCCGGUGAAAAGCAUUGAAUACAGUAAGCGUUGAAUACUAAAAAAGUUAUUCAAUGUUAACCCCCCAAAUAUGACAUUAAAAAAUAUGGAACCAUAGGAUAGCAAAGCUACUAUUUUGUGAUUAUGUGCCUACAUUGCUAACUCCGUUUCCCGUUAUCCUGUGGUUACAGUUUUUGUUCAAUGUAUGUCCACCUGGAUAUUUUCCAACUCAUUUGCACUCCUUCCAUAAGCAAGCCUUGUGUUUAGACAAUGUGUUACUAAACCACUAGCGGUUCUCUAUUAUGUGCAUGAUACGCUUGGCUUUCCCUCAAGCUGUUGACAAAAUAGUAUGGCCCUGAUGAGGACGAACAUAAGCUCUAAGUUAUAUGAUAACAAAACGUUCACUGAUGCCAUGUGUAACCCGAAAACAUCCAGAAGGUUUAAAACUUUUCUUGUAAGAAUAAUUUUGUGCAGGUUGUGUUUGUACUCAUUCAUUACAAUUUUUUUUUUUUUUUUUUAUUUUUAUAUAUGUAUAAUUUUUGUAUUAAAACUUUUUGAAUUGCAGUUUUGUUGCAUCUUGCUGCCCUCUUGGGUGUGUGGGCAUUGCCUCAACUUGUAAAUAAAAUGAA